AUGGCAGGACUACCGUAUGUGAGGAAGGCGCUCAGCAAUGGCAUCAACGCCCUCGUCGCCGGCACCAACACGUCCGGCACGCCCAUAGUCUGCCUGUCAGGCUGGCCGCAAACCGCCGAAGCAUACAGCGAGAUGCUCCCACCCCUCUCGAAAUCCCACCAUGUGUUAGCUCUCGACCUCCCCGGCCUCGGCGACUCCUCGCCCAGCACGACAGGCUACACCACCAAAACCAUCAGUAGCAUCCUCGCAUCCGCCGUAGCCAGUUACCUCGGCACCUCCACCAAAUAUCACCUAGUCGGUCACGACGUCGGCGCGUGGGUCGCCUACCCAUGGGCCGCUCACCCACAGUACAGCUCAUCGCUCGUCAGCGUAACGUUCCUCGACGGCAUCACGCCGGGUCUCUUUCCGCUGCCAGAAUACCCGCUGCCGGACGCGCCGAACAUGAAGCUGUGGCAGUUCAGUUUCAACCGCCUGCCGGAGCUGCCGGAGAUCCUCACCCAGGGGCGCGAGCGUGCUGUGCUAGAUUGGCUGUUCGAUAAGAAAUCCGUGCAUCCGGAGCGCAUCACGGCCACGAAGCGCGAUCGCUAUGUUGAGUGUUAUUCGCGGAAAGGCGGGAUGAGUGCAGGUUUUGCAUAUUAUCGGGCCAUUCCCGAGGUCAUGAAGGAUAACCGCGAGAUCAAAGCGAAGGGGAUGUUGAAGGUGCCGGUCUUGACGGUCGGUGGGGCUCAAGCGGCGGGAAGGUUGAUGGAGGGUGUACUUGAAUUGACGGAGGAGAGGGAGAAGUCAAGAUAUCUAGAAAUCGAGGAUUGCGGGCAUUAUAUUCUGGAGGAACAGCCCGAGGUGGCUUCGAAGGAGUUGCUGGCUUUUAUCGCCGAGGUUGAGAAAUGA